AUGAUUAUUGAUAUUCAUUUAGAAGUAUUAAACGAAUGUGAAAAAGGGGAUCUGCAUUCGACGAAGGAAGACUUUUUUGAAAUUUUGGUUCAAGAAUUUAUGGGAAGCGAAUUAAUAAAGGAAGAGAAGGUUCCAAGUUCAGAUUCCGGGCUUCAGGGUUUAGGGAAGAAGGCUUCCUUCCUAAGGAUGAGAUUCCUAUGGAAGAUGUUCCUACGGAAGAAGUUCCAAGUUCAGAUUCCGUGUUUAGAGUUAAUGCUGCUAAGGAAGAGGUUCCUAGGGAAGAGGUUCCAAGUUCAGAUUCCGGGUUUUAGGGUGUAG